AUGAGCUGGGCAGAUGUUAAGGACGAAGCGGAAGAACACUUUGGGAAAGAUCAGUCGAAGGAACUGAAGCGGAGGAAGUGGUGGCUUUGCAUUCCGUCACCACUUUCCCAGACUCCGCUACAGGCUUUUAAGCUGCUUGUGAGGGAUGGGAAGCCAGAGCGGGUGAAGGUCGUACUGCGUGCUGCUGAACCGGUUGCACUAGAUGACACACGGGCGUUUGCAGAGGAGUACCAUCUGGACGAGCUCCAGCAACUGAUGCAAGAAGUGGAAAGAGAGAAAAAGCCCCGCGCAGGUCCCUCAACACCCUCAAGCGACAGCGCCCAUGGCGAGAGAGAGGGCCAAGAGCCGCUCGUCGAGCUGGGCGAGAGUCUGCUGAGCAAGGAAGAGGAGGCCACGACAAGGGAAGCGAUCGAGUCGGAGCUUGUGGAGGUUGACGAACCAGGGUUUCCGCCGUUCCGCGUCAACAUCAUCUCAGCGACACCGCUUCAAAAUACUGUCAUUAUGUUCCUGGAGGCGAACAUUGACGUCCGCUGGCGAACAACCUCCGACCUCGCUCAGCUUUGUGCCAGACUCGGGAUCGACUUCGCCAAGAUGCCUCGGAAGUACGGCAGCAUCGAGGCCGGAAAAGAGACAGCGCAUUAUGAGCCCGUAAAAAGGCACAUGGAGGCGCAAGCGAAGCGCAUUGGCCAGGCGGCCUAUGUGGCAAUCGUUUCAGACAAGAGCCCGGCGACGCUGCUGAGCACGGCUGUCCGGACGAAGUCCUACAUUACGUACAACGUGGGCUACCCCGACCUGGUUCUGUCAGCCGUGCCUCUGCAGAGCACCCGUCAUGCGAUGACGUCAGCCGUCGCGAAAGAGCUCAAGACCGAGGUCACGGGGAGAAACGUGGAGCAGGUUGGGUCGCAGGUCUGCCUGCAGUACGUCGGGUUCUGCCCGAGGGCCGCGGCUCCGCCGCUCGCCACAGGUGGGGACCAACACAGUCCAAACCAGGUCGUCGCUAUGGUCACUAAGCGGGGUGCACUCAGCGGCGGCGGACCCAAGUACGUGAUGGACCUCUACAAGGACAUCCCGGCGGAAAUGUGCAUGGCUCUAGAGAUAGGCUGGGCGGCCAAGGCGAGGGACUUCGCAGCUGGGGAUGUCAAUGUCUUCCCGCUCGCGAUCGUGGAGGGCUACCGGUAUAUGAAAUCUGUCAUGGUGGAAGGCUCGCGCUCGGUGCUGACAAAAGCAUACAGAAAAGCCAAGGAGCUGAUGGCACCCGAGUUGCUUGCCAACGAAGACCUCGCAUCGGAUGCAGUUUGGGACGGACUUUUUCCCGAGUAA